AUGGGUAGGAAGAAGAGGAGGAAGUGGAAUCAGUGGAAACAGCGGAAUCAGUGGGGAAAUGAUAAUCAGUUUUAUGUAGAGGAUAUCGGAGUUGCUGACAUGUUGUGGGCACACUCUCAAGCACGAUCUCUUGAAUCUCUCCACGUCCGAGUCCCGUCUCCCUUCCACAGUCAGCACAUAGCACAAUUCACCAUGUUUAUUGCGUCUUGCCGCGAAGGUAUUGAGACGUGCUGUGCAGCCGGUGAGGCGAGCGGCUCGACAGAUACGUCUGUCGUCAGUGUCUCCAAGCAAAUUAGCCUAUUUCUGCUGGAUCAACAUCAAGCACUUGGAAGUGGAGAACUUCUCGAAGUAGAAGACUUUAACCACGUCGUUGAAGCGCACCACCUUCUUCACUGCUUUCACAUCUCCUCCACACCCAAUAGCCGAAGCAUC